AUGAAUGAAGACAUGAGUGAAGAAUCAGAUGAUAGUUAUGUCAAAACGAAGAGAAGGAAAAGCAAUAAAACACAAGAAGUGGUGACAAAACCGGAUUCAGAGGAAGCGAUGUAUCAUUUAUUGAAAAUGAAGAAAUGUUUUGAUGUGAAGACAAAGAGAUAUAUUUGUCCCAUAAGUGAGUGCCACAAGAGUUACGACAAAAGAUCCUCAUUUUCGUGGCAUUUGAAAGCAUACCAUUCCGACCGACGAUUUAUCUGCGAAUCCAUUGGUUGUGGCAAAGAGUUUAGGACUAAAGCACAUCUCAAAAGCCAUUCAGUCAUUCACACGAGUGAUAAGCCGUUUAAAUGCGAUUACAAUGACUGCCAGUUUGUCACCAAAAAUAGAAAUCGAUUGUCAUCUCAUAUGAAGAAACAUACGACCGACUCGUUUCGAUGUCCAGUGAAUGGCUGUCGGAAGACAUUCAAGUGUCUCCUCUAUCUUCGGCAGCACUCGAUGAGAGUUCAUAGCAUACCGUCCUAUAAAUGUCGUAUCGAUGGAUGUAAUGCUGUGUUUACGGCUGAGUCUCAGCUCAUCAAACAUAAGACCAAAGUUCACAAUAAAACGUAUGCGAAAGAUAUAAAGUAUAUAUACCGAUGCGAUUGGCCCGGAUGUGACUGGUCUGGCGGUAACAUCACCCGCCAUAAGACCAUUCACACGGGAGAGUUGCCGUUCCCAUGCGAUUGGCCAGAGUGUGGCAAACGGUUCCGCGUGAAGACAUUUUUGCAACAGCACAUGAAUGUUCACAACAAUGUUAAGCCCUAUGCGUGUCAUUGGCCCGGAUGUACAUACAGUGCCGCCAAAGACAAUCAACACUUCCGGACAUUAUCUCAAACAUUGGAUCAAUUGAAUGACAAUUGCAUUAAAUGUGAAUCUAAUUUCCAACUGAAGAGUCCAUCAAAUGAUAAACAAUUGAAUCCCAGAAUCGAUGGCAUAAAAGAGUUGCAAACAAUACAUGAAAACGAAGAUAAUGUCCGACUCAAGAGUGGAUCAAAUGGUAGACAAUUAAGAAAACGUAAAACACAAGAAGUGAUUCAAGAUAUGAAUGACUUAAACGAAGACUCGGAUGAAAGUUAUGCCGAAGACAUGAGUGAAGAAUCAAAUGAUAGUUAUGUCAAAACGAAGAGAAGGAAAAGCAAUAAAACACAAGAAGUGGUGACAAAACCGGAUUCAGAGGAAGCGAUGUAUCGAUUAUUACGACAAAACCCGUCGAAAAUGAAGAAAUGUUUUGAUACGAAGACAAAGAGAUGGAUUUGUCCCAUAAAUGAGUGCCACAAGAGUUACCCCAAAAGAGACACACUUUCGUGGCAUUUAAAAGCAUACCAUUCCGGCCGACGAUUUAUCUGCGAAUCCAUUGGUUGUGGCAAAGAGUUUAAGACAACAGGACAUCUCAAAAUGCAUUCAGUCGUUCACACGAGUGAUAAGCCGUUUAAAUGCGAUUACAAUGACUGCCAGUUCUUCGCCAAAAAUAAAAAUCGGUUGUUAUGUCAUAUGAAGAGACAUACGACCGACUCGUUUCGAUGUCCAGUGAAUGACUGUCGGAAGACAUUCAAGUGUCUCAGCUAUCUUGAGGGGCACUCGAAGAGAGUUCAUAGCAUACCGUCCUAUGAAUGUCGGAUCGAUGGCUGCAAUGCUGUGUUUACGGCUGAGUCUCAGCUCAAAAAACAUAAGAUCAAAGUUCACAAUAGAAAGUAUGCGAAGAAAGUGCAACCCAUAAAGCGGUGCGAUUGGCCCGGAUGUGACUGGUCUGGCCCUUACAUCAAACAACAUAAGACCAUUCAUACGGGAGAGUUGCGGUUCCCGUGCGAUUGGCCGGAGUGCGGCAAACGGUUCCGCCUGAAGACGUUUUUGCAACAACACAUGAAUGUUCACAACAAUGUUAAGCCCUAUGUGUGUCAUUGGCCCGGAUGUGGCUAUAGUUACGCCAACUUAAGUGAAGACAUGAGUGAAGAAUCAGAUAAUAGUUAUGUCGAAACGAAGAGAAGGAAAAGCAAUAAAACACAAGAAUUGGUGACACAAUCGGAUUCAGAGGAAGCGAUGCCUCGAUUGCCGCGAAGACCUCAGAUAAAUGCUAAGAAAUGCUAUGAUUUGACGACAAAGACAUACAUUUGUCCCAAAAAUGAUUGUCACAAGAGUUGCGAAACGAUUACUCAGUUUAGAAGCCAUUUAUCGCGUUGUCGUUUAGAACCGAUAUUUAAGUGUAAAUUCAAAGGAUGUGAUAAAGUAUUUAAAGAUAGAUCUUAUUUUAAAAUACACCUCAAGAAUCACACCAAUCAGAUCCGGAAGAGAAGGAAAAUCAAUAAAAGACUAGAAGUGAUGGCAAAACUGGAUUCAGAGGAAGCGAUAACUCGAUUAAUACUACAAAAUCCGUGGAAAUUAACGGAUUGUUUUGAUGCGGAGACACAGACAUUCAUUUGUCCCGUAAAUGAGUGCCACAAGAGUUACGACAAUAGGAAGAGUUUGUCGGGACAUUUCCACGCAUACCAUUCCGGCCGACAAUUUAUCUGCCAAUCCAUUGGUUGUGGCAAAGAGUUUAAGACUAAAAAACUCCUUCAAAGCCAUUCAAUCAUUCACACGAGUGAUAAGCCGUUUAAAUGCGAUUACGACGGCUGCGAAUAUGUGGCCAAAAGUAGUGGUUUAAUGUCAUCGCAUAUGAAGACACACACGACAGACAACACGUCGUUUAGUUGCGAAACGAUUACUCAGUUUAGAAGCCAUUUAUCGCGUUGUCGUUUAGAACCGAUAUUUAAGUGUAAAUUCAAAGGAUGUGAUAAAGUAUUUAAAGAUAGAUCUUAUUUUAAAAUACACCUCAAGAAUCACACCAAUCAGAUCCGGAAGAGAAGGAAAAUCAAUAAAAGACUGGAAGUGAUGGCAAAACUGGAUUCAGAGGAAGCGAUCACUCGAUUAAUACUACAAAAUCCGUGGAAAUUAACGGAUUGUUUUGAUGCGGAGACACAAACAUUCAUUUGUCCCGUAAAUGAGUGCCACAAGAGUUACGACAAUAGGAAGAGUUUGUCGGGACAUUUCCACGCAUACCAUUCCGGCCGACAAUUUAUCUGCGAAUCCAUUGGUUGUGGCAAAGAGUUUAAGACUCAAAAACUCCUCAAAAGCCAUUCAAUCGUUCACACGAGUGAUAAGCCGUUUAAAUGCGAUUACAAUGAGACGCUUAUACACCGGUUUUCAUCACCAAAUUACAGUAGCGUAUACUUCUGUGUGUGCUGUCUGUUGUGCAGCAAACAUACGUUUCAGCUACUGACAGACUUCUGUAAGUUCUUAGCGCAACCAGAAAGAUAUCACAUGCGGACACUUCACAGCCCAACGCCCGCGCAGUUUAAGUGCAGUACCGAUGGCUGUAACGAAGUGUUUGCGACCGGCCAUCGGCUGCUCACACAUCGGGUCAAAGUUCACGGCAAACCGGGACUCGUCUACUCAUGCGAUUGGCCGGGAUGUGAGUGGACGGGCGCCCAACUGAACCGACACAAGCGGUCACAUACGGGCGAAAUGCCGUACCCGUGCUUAUGGCCAGAGUGUGGCAAACGGUUCGCACGCGUCGAGUCGUUAACAAAGCACAUGAAUAUGCAUAACAACAUUAAGCCCUACGCUUGUCAUUGGCCCGGAUGUGGUCACCGCUACGCCGGCGAAGACAAUCAACACUUCCGGACAUUAUCUCAAACAUUGGAUCAAUUGAAUGAGCAGAAGAGCACACGUGUUAACGACAAUUAUAUUACCAUUGAAUCUGAUUCGCGACUUAAGAGUCCAUCGAAACAAUUGAAGCGAAAAAGAAAACCUCGAAAACAAGAAGUGAUACAAACUUUCAAUGAUAUCAAUACACACACAGACAUCCGUAACGAAGACUUGGAUCAAGAUAUUGAUGAAUCAAAUGAUAACAUUGUGGACACAGAGACUGUCAAAGAGGAAGCGGUGAUCAAAACGGAUUCAAAUCAAUCACUCUAUGAAUUGUUGCGACAAAAUAAGUCCGAAAGAGAGAAUUAUUUUGAUUUAAUGGCAAAUGUAUUCAUUUGUCCCAUAAAUGAGUGUCAAAAGAAUUUAAGAAACGAUGACAACUUUUACAGACAUUUAUGUGAUGUCCACACAAACCGUCACUUCAAGUGUGGAUUCAAAGGAUGUGAUAAAGCAUUUAAGAAAUUGUCUACUCUUAAGAUACACGCCAUCACUCAUGAGAACCGACGGAUCAGAUAUCGGUGUGAAUAUAAAGACUGCGGCAAAACAUUUUUAAAUCCAUGGGGUCUGAAGAGACACGCUAUGACACACAUCACUCAAAGCACUUCCACACCAAUUGCCAAGAAGUUUAAGUGUCAUUACAAUGACUGCGAGUGGAAAUUUACCACAAGAGGACAAUUAAAAGCACAUUUGGAAAGACAUUCAUCUGAGAGACCCUAUAGGUGUGACUUCAUUGGGUGCGGGAAGUGCUUUAAGACAUCAACUGAUCUCAAGAACCAUUCAUUACUACAUCAAAGCGGUCCCACUCUUAGGUGUGAUGUCGACCGAUGUGUAGAUAUGUUUUACACCGAAUACCACCGAAGCCUUCAUCACAACCGAUCGACACUGAAGUGUGGUAUCAAUGGAUGUAAUGAUGUGUUUACGACUGAACACUUCAAACGCAAACAUCAGACCGAAGUCCACAAUCGGGCGCCACUUAUUCACCGAAAAAUCAUCCAUCGAUGCGAUUGGCCGGGAUGUGAGUGGACGGGCGAUCAUUUGAAAGCUCAUAAACGGUUACAUUCGGGUGAAAAACCAUACCAGUGUUUAUGGCCCGACUGUGGCAAACGGUUCCGAAUGAAUAAGAAUUUAAGUGAUCACAUGAAUGUUCACAACAAUGUUAAGCCCUAUGCGUGUCAUUGGCCCGGAUGUACAUAUGGGGCCACUAAUAGUGACGUCGAUAUCGAAGACUUGGAUCAAGAUAUUGAUGAAUCAAAUGAUAACGUUGUGGACACAGAGACUGUCAAAGAGGAAGCGGUGAUCAAAACGGAUUCAAAUCAAUCACUCUAUGAAUUGUUGCGACAAAAU